GCCCAAAUACAAUCAGCCGCUAUAUCGUUAAAUACAGCAGCUUUCGGUUCGUUUUUAUAGCUUCAUAUCUACGUCACGGAGUACAAAAAAAAUGUCCUAUUAUGCCCUAUUAUCGAGUUCGAUUGGUAUUAACAAAAUAUGUUGGUCUGCCGACAUCCGCUACCACGAUCCUCUGGCAAACUAUAAACAAAUUGACUUUUUACAGCCAGCUAGUUACGUCAUUAUCGAGUAGAAGGUCGUAAUGGAGCACAGAUUAAAAUUUAUGAUGCCCACUUUACUUUGGUAAAUUUAUUUAAUGCAUAUAUAUAUCUGAUACGAUCGAAUUGCAGUGGUACGCGUUCUUCGAUUCGCCAAAUCUGAUAUGGUGAAAACGUUCUUUUAUAUCGUAAAGAUAUCAUACCCAAGUAUCCUUUCUUUUUCUCUGUUAGUAUCACAUUCACAAUUACACAUAUUACCAUAUAAAUUCUUUAAAUAAAUAUUUUCGUAUAGACAAUUUUAAUAUCUGAUACGAUCGAAUUGCUGUGGUACGCGUUCUUCGAUUCGCCAAAUCUGAUAUGGUGAAAACGUUCUUUUAUAUCGUAAAGAUACCAUACCCAAGUAUCGUUUCUUUUUCUCUGUUAGUAUCACAUUCACAAUUACACAUAUUACCAUAUAAAUUCUUUAAAUAAAUAUUUUCGUAUAGACAAUUUUAAUAUCUGAUACGAUCGAAUUGUUGUGAUACGCGUUCUUCGAUUCGCCAAAUUUGAUAUGGUGAAAACGUUCUUUUAUAUCGUAAAGAUACCAUACCCAAGUAUCCUUUCUUUUUCUCUGUUAGUAUCACAUUCACAAUUACACAUAUUACCAUAUAAAUUCUUUAAAUAAAUAUUUUCGUAUAGACAAUUUUAAUAUCUGAUACGAUCGAAUUGCAGUGGUACGCGUUCUUCGAUUCGCCAAAUCUGAUAUGGUGAAAACGUGCUUUUAUAUCGUAAAGAUACCAUACCCAAGUAUCGUUUCUUUUUCUCUGUUAGUAUCACAUUCACAAUUACACAUAUUACCAUAUAAAUUCUUUAAAUAAAUAUUUUCGUAUAGACAAUUUUAAUAUCUGAUACGAUCGAAUUGCAGUGGUACGCGUUCUUCGAUUCGCCAAAUCUGAUAUGGUGAAAACGUGCUUUUAUAUCGUAAAGAUACCAUACCCAAGUAUCCUUUCUUUUUCUCUGUUAGUAUCACAUUCACAAUUAUACAUAUUACCAUAUAAAUUCUUUAAAUAAAUAUUUUCGUAUAGACAAUUUUAAUAUCUGAUACUGCUUGAUAUAAUGUGACGUAUCUAAUGUAAAAUAAAUAGGAAGUAGAGUAGAGCAAUUAAUGGGAAAUAUACAGCGCCAUCUAUUCUGUACGCUAUACUAUGAUGCUGUACCGAUUCUAAAGGGACGUAUUGAAAUGCUUGAAGAAGACAUGCGAAGCCAUGCUGGAUUUUGUAUAAAGUGGAGUGCUUGAUAGUUAUACUUGAUAUCUUUUAUAUGCAUAUUUGUAAUCGAAUAAAUAGAAUUUUGGAUUUUCGCGUAUACAUAGUUCAAUACAGAAAGAAGAGGAAGAUGUGGUAAAGGAAGAAUCGAUUUUCGAUAAUUUGUGAUCUUUCUGUGCGAAGACGGCCAGUUUAUAUUACUUUGACCCCAAACACGUAACUUAAAACUCUGUAGUGUCAUAGAAUGGAGAUUAUCUGUAUUUUGAGAGAAAAUCGUGCUUGGACAAAUCAUUCAUAAUCAAAUGGUAAAAACGUGCCGUGAAAUAAUUUAAAUAUCGAUUUAAUAUUGAUAUUUCCUAGUAGUUAUUACUAUUUGUCUACACGUAUGUAGAAAUAGAAAUUUAUAACCAUAUGGGGUUGUGAAUGAAAGAACUUUUCUCUCUAUAUAUUUACAUGCUAAUCUUUAUGUUUAAAACAUAUCGAAUGUAAUAACGUUUGAUGAUUGUACGGAAAAAUACGGCAAAAAUGAAUAUUGAUAAGACUAAAGAGAAUUACGAGAUGGAUCAGAAAUGCUUUAUAGCAUGGAGCCCUCUAGAAAAGAACGAUUUCUCAUUUAAACAUAGAUAUAUAACAUGUAGUAGAUCGGUUCCACAUAAAAGCAAACGUCUUGCUAAGUACAGGCUGAGUCGAUCCUUGAAUUUUGAUGCAAGUGUCUGUAACUCCAAUUCGGAAAACAGCUCUUUCGAGGAAGACAAACAUUUAUCUAGAUCUGCUAAGAUAAUGAGAGCUUUAAAUUUCAAUAGUAGUCCUUCCUAUUAUGGAAAAACAAAAAUCAAAAAGUCAUUAAAUUUUAAUUUAACUCCUAGUCCAAAAAGUUUUAGGCACGCGAAGAAAGGUAUACGAAAAUCUUUGAGCCUGAACUUUAAUUCUCCUCUGUCUGUUCCUAAUAAAUAUUUGAGUCUCAAUGACAAUCCUAGCGACUCGGCAAAUAGUAGUUUAUUAUUUUCAUCUUCUGAUUCGAUCGACGAAAACCAAAAUGAGACACCAUUGCAACAAAGUACAAAGGAACAUGAAAUGCUGCAUUACUCUACACCUAAUGCGAAGUACACUAGAAAAUCGUCGUGUCAUUCAGCAAGUUUUACGCCAUUACUACGUAGCCGAUUGAAGGAAACCAUCGACAACAUUGUUUAUGUCGCUGCGACACCCAAUUCGCAGUCACUAAAACGUGUCAAAGGCAGAACAAAAUAUACAAACAAUAUUACCAUGAAUACUUCGAGGAACCUUCUUCAUGAAUUUCAUGAUAAAGACGACAGUAGAUCGUGCACACCUAAAAAUCUAAUUUGUAUAAUUCCAGAAAGUAUGAGCGCUAUCAAAAGAAGUCACAAGAAGGAAAGAUCGUCAAGGCGCAGCGAUGGCUAUACAACGCAAUUUACAGAUAGUUUUGUAAAAAACGAGAGCGUACUUCAAGAUAGAUUUAGUCGAUAUAGUAAACAGAUUGAUCCGAUAUUUCAAGAUUCUAGAUCGGAUAUAGAGCAAUGUGCUAAUAGGAGUUCUAACGAAUUGAUAUUAAGCCACUCCGAAGACGAUAUGUCAGAUACAGGUUCACUUUUUGACUACACAGAAGAACAGAAGCAUAUUUUCGAGGAAUCUAAAAAAGUGUCUGAGUGGAAGUCGAAUUAUACUAGCGUUAUACCCAAAAUAGAUAAAUUCGAUGGUAAAGUAAAAUUGGAGGAGAAUGUGGACUGUUUUUCGAGAGCUGACACUUCUAAUCGUAGCGAUAUUGAUGCGAGUAAUUCGUGUAAUGAAAAUAUCGAUUUAGCUAACGGUGGUAGAUCGGUAACACCGGAGCCAGUGAAAGAAACUGUAUCAGAAUCGCAGAAGUCCGUUACUCCUGAGAAUCGCAUCGACAUUUUACAAACGAUCGGUAAAGAUUCCAUAAAAAAGUCUCAUAAAAAGAUUAAAGAUAAUAAUAAAAGGAGAUUGUUCAGUCCAAAAGUUUUACAAGAUAACGUCGAAGCUACGGAAAAACAAGAGAAUGCAAAAUGUUCGGAAAACAUUGAACAGUAUGAAAGUACAGAAGAAAAUAAAAUAUCCGUAGAGGCGAAUAAUCCUGAUGUGUCAAGAGACGAGCGAUCAUCUACUCCUGACAAGGUGAGUUCUAGCAGACUUUUAUUGUCGCAAUUUAGUUCUGUCAAAAAGUCCCAUAAAAAGGACAAGCAUAACAAAAUAUUAUGUGGAUUUUUAAAACGACAAGAAUACUUCAAUAAAGAUAUGGAUUUAGUAACAAAUAACAAAUACGAACAACGAACAUUUAACGAUGAAAUGUCCGAAUGUAAAAACAGCAUUGAAGAUUUUCGUUCGGAUUUAGAUGUUGUUAGAAAUAUUGAGGAUUCUACGUCAUUGGUGGUGGCAUCUGCCAGCUUAAGUUCUUCUUUGGAUAAAUUAUCUCCAAGCAAAAGGAAGAAGGCACAGAAUAUAUCGCCGGAUCGUGAGAAAAAUGUGUCAUAUGAUUUCGAAUUACAAGAAUUGGAUACAUCGAAAGAAGAAUUUAAAAUUUUUACGCCUCUUAAAAGGAAAAGAUCGUUAUUUGCAUUUACAGUUGCUAAGGAAUAUACGCAUUUUUACGAUUUAGCAUCUGAAAAAAAUGAGCGCCCGGACGACACUGUGGCGAGCAUUAGCUUUUCACGGUGUUUAACACCUGUACUAAAUUUUCCGAAUAGUUGCGUAAAGUCAGAAAAAGACGAUAUAAUAACAAAGUCGGAUGACAAUGCUGACAAUGGAAAUGUAGAGGAGGUAUACGAUUCGAAUUGCGAUUCGAACGAUGUAACGGGCAGGUUGACUCCAAGAAAUAUGUCAACUACUGAAUUGUAUCCUAAUCUGGAUUCCAUUAAGAAAUCCCACAAAAAGAAUAAACGUGGGAACAGCUCACGAAAAAGUUUCAAUGCAAUGAAAAAUAACCAUUCCAUAGAUGAGAAACACGAGACAUCGAUAGAAAGUGUUGCGAAUGAAAUGUAUAAUCCAUUAGAAUCUUCAAAUGAUUGCGUUAUCGCGGAUGAUGCGAUAAAUAAAGCGAUUUACGACAAAUCUGAUGAUAAUCAGAAUUGUCCGAGCACCAGCGCGGGAAAUAUAUCACCGACCAUGACACCACCGAAUUAUUUAAAGACGAAAGCUUAUAUGAAGCUGUUACAGGAAACUUCUAUCAAACGAUCACAUAAAAAGAAUCGAAAUAAAAGGAAACAAGAAUUGGUAGUCGAUACGAACGAGUUAUCGGACGAUGGAUCGAUAUUUGGCGAUGAGGAAAAGUCAUGUUUUAUCGAAGAUAGAUCCAAGCAUGAUUAAUAAUAAUCGAGUCGAUGAAACGAUUCUAUACGAUACGUUAUUAAAAGUGUACUCUACUGGUAAGUGCAGCUGUAACGAUUCAUGCUUACGAUCGGUACAUAACGUGUACGUCGAAACCAGUUUAUAAACAUUUUGUACAAGAAGCGAUUGAGAACCUUGCAGGAUUAUUUUUGUAACUAGAAAGUGUACAUUUAACUAAAUCUUAAAACUUUAUUCGGUUAAUUCGAUCAUUAUCUGUAAUAUGAUUUUUGUCUUUCGUUCUAUAAAAUUUCUAGCGUGUAACAUCGUACGAGCUGUAUCGCGUACAUCAUCUAUAUAGAUAUAUGUAAUUAGUUUACGAUUAACGCUCUAUGCAUGUAUGUAGACCGAGGAUAACGAUAUAGUGACUAGUUUUCGUACGACAUUUAUGUCAACGAAAUCUUUAGAGAUACAUUUAUUAGAAGCGUUCGCGUUGUAUCGUGGAAUCGAACGCGUACAGUGUGUGUAUCAGGAAAGCGUCAACCUAUGAUAAUACUAUACAGCCGUGUUACACGUUUCAAUAUUAUCAUGCGAAUUGAAAUUGAAUUAUUAUUUAUAUCGAUUCUAUGACUUUUUGUUUUCGAAAUUUUACUUGUUUUUAUAUGAUUAUCCGUUCUAAUAUAUCCUUCAUUAUUACACAUAUGUAUUUCUCGGACAUGUUGUUAAUAACGAUAUAUGUAUAUGUAAAGUAAUACAGGAUAGAAAUAAGUAGGAUCUCCUUCCUAUCCUUGUUAGUUGUUUCUCUAAUAUCUGCAACAUUAGUCUUUUAUUUUCGUCGAAUCAUUUGUUCGAUUCAUCGUUUCGGAUAAGUAUAAUAUAGUAUCUUGUAAAACGUAACAUUCGAUAUUGACAAUGCACGAUAUCAGUAAUUGUUAUAAUAUUUGCUUAUGUCAAGGGUGCAAGACGAUUUAUUAAUUAAGCUAAGUACGACAGCUGUUAUAACGACAUCUCGAAAUUAACAUUAACACUAGUAUAUACAUGUUUCUUUCCUUUUCUCUGUUCCUUCUCUUUCUUUUGAAUUUGUCAUUCUUAUAUUUUCUGUCCUCGUUCAUGCUCUCCUUCCUUCCCCAUUUUAACAAUCUUACUAAUUUUAAAUACAUCUUAUUAACUGGUACUACUAGGUAAUAGUAACGAAAAUUAAAUAAAACCGAUAAAUAAUAAUAAUAAUAAUAAAUAGUAAAAUAACGAGGGGUAAACUUGAAAGAUAUUCAUCUUUGUGGCAAUAUGCGCGUGCAUUAUGAUACUGUGUAUAGUACAUAUAUGAUGGCGAUACAACGUAGAAAUGAACAUUGUGCAUUAAGUUCGAGUUUCUCGCUUGUAUUCUCCCCUAUAAUGUCUUCCUUUUCGAACGUGUACACGCGACGUGAGAACGAGAUAUAAGAUAGCAUUAACUAUACUCAACGAGUAAAUCUUCGAGUAUAAAUUAAUAUACGUGAUUUGUACAUGAUAAAAGAACUGUAAAGGACGACGUUUAGCCUACUUAAGUACGAAUUUUAUUUGCGUAUGCACAAAUUUGAUACAAGAUUUCUUCCAAUCGGUAUCAGCCGUUUUAAUGAAAAAGCAACCGUUAUCGUACAAAGUUUAUGGAACUUGUAGCUUAUUCCUUGAAUUCUAUUUCUAUGAGAUUCGAAGUAAAUAUCGAUAAACGCCGCCUGCAUAUAGCGUAUAAUUUCGAACUUUUGAAUAUUAUAUACGCGCGAGUAAUGUAACUGACUUUUGGAUUAUAGAGAAAUAAUAAACGACUGAAUUGUUUACUGUUCGAACAUCUUUGCGACGAUAAUCGUAAGUUAUACCUAUUUUCCAUUAAAUUUUAAUGGCAAUUUAUAUAAAUACGUAAGUUAUGUUUAUCUGCGCUUGGCAUCUCAAUGUUGAGUUAUUUGAUCAUAAGGUGACUUCGAUGUAAUAUCUUAGAUCAAGAUUUUUUAUAAUCUCGCAUUUCAAAUGAAUUGUUUGAAUAUCACGUUGAAAUUGAAUGCAAAAUAAAUAAAGCAAAGAGUAAUAACAAUAAAAUCUAUAGUAAGUAA